AUGUCUUUCAACGCCAAUGGCACAGCGCAACGGCGCAGUAAUCCUUUCGCCAGGACCGCUUCCGCCUCUCCUGCUACCAGCACCAAUCCCCGACCCAAGUCCGCCAUUUUUACCUCCCCAUCAUCAACUCCAGGGAUUGUUUCAUCAUUUGGACACAACCGAACACAAUCAAAUGGAUCAGUCUCGGCGAUAAGCCGAGAGUUUUCAAGUGCACAAACGAGACUCCGCAGCGAUUCGAAGAGUGGAACGCCAACAUCGACGACAUUCGCUCCCUCCUUCAUCAAGGAAGAAGAGAUGAUACGAAGUCAGGACGAAGUUCAAGGCAUCGAAGGCGAGAAUGACUUUUCUGGAAAGCGUUAUGUCUGGCUUAAGGAUCCCCAGACCGCUUUCGUCCGUGGGUGGAUCGUUGAAGAGAAGGAUGGAAAUCAGCUACUUGUCCAAUGCGAUGAUGGCACACAAAGGGAAGUCGAUGCUGAGAGUGUUGAUAAAGUGAACCCCGCCAAAUUUGACAAGGCAAACGAUAUGGCCGAGUUGACGCACUUGAACGAGGCGUCUGUCGUCCACAACCUUCAUAUGCGAUAUCAAACCGACCUGAUAUACACAUACUCAGGUCUUUUCCUUGUCACCGUCAAUCCGUAUGCGACAAUCCCCAUUUACAACAACGACUACAUCAACAUGUACCGAGGACGCAGUCGGGAGGAUACGAAACCUCAUAUCUUUGCCAUGGCCGACGAGGCUUUCCGGAAUCUGGUUGAGGAAGGAAAGAAUCAGAGCAUCUUGGUUACAGGAGAAUCCGGUGCAGGAAAGACUGAAAAUACGAAAAAGGUCAUUCAAUACCUUGCAGCUGUCGCUCAAGCAGACUCGACAAUAAAAAACAAGGCUCAGCACUCUAGUCUCUCUGAACAAAUUCUACGAGCGAAUCCUAUUCUGGAAGCCUUCGGAAAUGCUCAGACUGUCCGCAAUAACAACUCUUCUCGAUUUGGCAAAUUUAUCCGAAUUGAAUUCACUCGAAACGGAGCCAUUUGCGGUGCUUAUAUUGAUUGGUACUUACUCGAGAAGUCCAGAGUCGUGCACAUCAACCAACACGAACGAAAUUACCACAUAUUCUAUCAGCUUUUAACAGGAGCCAGUUCUUCGUUGAAGAGGGAGUUUUUGCUCAAUGAUCUCACUGUCAAAGAUUUCGUCUACACCCGGGAUGGACACGACAGCAUCGUGGGUGUAUCAGAUCCCAGAGAAUGGGCAUCCCUGAUGGAAGCAUUCAAUGUGAUGGGAUUCUCUGAUGACGAACAAAAAUCCAUUCUACGAACAGUGGCUGCCGUGUUACAUCUGGGAAACAUUAAUGUCGUUAAGGAGAGUCGAACUGCCGAUCAGGCACGGUUGGCUCCAGACGCAAAAGCACAGGCUGCCAAAGUUAAAGCAGGCCGCGAAUGGGUUGAAAAGGUUCAAACACCCGAGCAGGUUCGACUUAGCUUGGAUGCUCUCUCCAAGGGUAUAUAUGAACGUGGUUUUGGCGAUCUGGUCACCCGCAUCAACAGACAACUUGAUCGCACAGGCAUGGGUCUGGACGAUUCGCACUUUAUCGGAGUACUCGAUAUCGCUGGUUUCGAGAUUUUCGAACAGAACAGCUUCGAGCAGCUGUGCAUCAACUACACCAACGAAAAGCUACAGCAGUUUUUCAACCACCACAUGUUUGUUCUUGAACAGGAAGAGUAUGCCCGUGAGCAAAUCGAAUGGAAGUUUAUCGAUUUUGGACGCGACCUCCAGCCCACAAUCGACUUGAUUGAGCUAUCGAAUCCUAUCGGUGUUUUUUCCUGUCUUGACGAGGACUGUGUUAUGCCCAAGGCUACAGAUAAAUCAUUCACUGAGAAGCUCAACUCAUUGUGGGACAAGAAGUCAACAAAAUACCGGCCCUCGCGCCUUGGACAGGGUUUCAUUCUUACCCACUACGCUGCCGAAGUCGAGUAUUCUACCGAAGGGUGGCUAGAGAAGAACAAGGACCCCCUCAACGAUAACAUCACACGCCUUCUCGCCGCUUCUACAAACGAACACGUUGCUUCCCUCUUCUCUGAUUGUGCCGAAUCUGAGGAGGACCGCGCCACUGGAAGAAGCAGAGUCAAGAGAGGUCUAUUCCGGACAGUCGCUCAAAAGCACAAGGAGCAUCUACACAGUCUCAUGUCUCAACUGCACUUAACACACCCUCACUUUGUUCGAUGUAUACUUCCCAACCACAAGAAGAAGCCUAAGGAAUUCAACAACCUUCUUGUUCUCGAUCAGUUGCGAUGUAACGGUGUUUUGGAGGGUAUCAGAAUCGCACGAACAGGCUUCCCUAAUAGACUUCCCUUUGCGGAGUUUAGGCAACGAUAUGAGGUUCUUUGCCAGAAUAUGCCCAAGGGUUACCUCGAAGGGCAAGCGGCGGCAAGCCUCAUGCUUGAAAAGCUUGGACUUGAUCGUUCUUUGUACCGAGUCGGUUUGACCAAGGUCUUCUUCCGAGCUGGUGUUCUCGCCGAGCUCGAAGAGCAACGCGAUGCCCUCAUUACUCAGAUCAUGUCCAGAUUCCAGUCAGUGGCUCGAGGAUUUGUUCAAAGACGAGCGGCCUACAAGAGGCUAUUCCGAACAGAGGCCACUCGAAUCAUUCAGAGGAACUUUAAUGUUUAUCUUGACUUGGCAGAAAACCCUUGGUGGCAACUGAUUGUCAAGAUGAAGCCUCUCCUUGGCACAACUCGUACAGCCACAGAAGUCAAACGAAGAGACGCCAUGAUCAAGGAAUUAAACGACAAGAUGCAAGUGGAAUCCGAGAACCGUCUAAAGUUGGAGGAAGAACGACGCAACUGCCAUGCGGAGAUGGUCCGAAUCCAGCAGACCUUGGAGAGCGAGCGCGCGCUCGCUUUGGACAAGGAGGAAAUAUUUAAGCGGCUGCAACUUCGAGAAGCAGAGCUAGAGGAGAAGCUUGCAGGUGCAAUUGAAGACCAAGAGAGGUUAGAAGACGAGUUGGACGAUCUCCUGAAUGCCAAGAACCGCGCCGAGCGGGACGUCGAAACCUUCCGUUCUCAACUCGAACAAGCUGCUACCCUGAUCGCCAAGCUUGAGGAGGAAAAGAACGGAUUAAGCACCAAGAUCAUCGAACUUGAGAAGUCAAUCACCGAGAUGACACAGAAGCAAGCGGAGCGCAGCGAGCAAGAAGUCUUACUCCAAGACGAGAUCAAGAUGCUCCAGAGCCAGUUAGCGGUGAAGGAAAGAAAGGCUCAAGAUUUGGAAAACAAGCUCGUCAAGCUUGACCAGGACCUGGAAUUGAAGCUUCACAUCGCCCAGAGGGAUCUCCAAGCAAUGAAACUUCGUGAGACUCAACUGUCUCAGGAGAAUGAUGACAUCCAACAACAGCUCAACGAACUCUCCAAGACGGCUACUGAAUACGAGGAUCUUGUACGUCAAAAAGAGAGUGAGCUCUCUCUUCUACGAACCGAUAACAAAAACUUCGAGAGCGAACGUCAAUCUCUAGAGGAUCAAAGGAAAUCGUUGACCGCCGAGAAAGAGAAGAAUGCCGAGAAGUACCAUGAAGCGCAAGCUGAGUUGGUGGCAAUGAAGUCGCGACAGGCUCAACUCGAGCGUGAGGCCGAGGACGCCAAAAACCUCCUGGAAGCACGUCUGUCAGAGGAUGCCCAAGCUGACCAGAACCGUCAAGUUCUUGAAUCACAAACUAAAGAUCUCAAAGAUGAGCUUUAUAAAACGCAGAUGGAAUUGAGUCGUGAGCGUCAGUCCCGAGAUGAUGUCCAACUGCUUGGCGAGCACCGCUAUCAAGAGUUGAAGGAUGAGUUUGACCGUGUGAACGAAUCCAAAAUUAUCAUAGAGAAAGAGAUGUACGCUCAGCAAGACACCUUGCGAAGAACAUUGGAGGCUCGGACGACAGCCGAAAAGGAACGGGAUGAGGCAAGACAAGAAAUCCGGCGCCUUCGCGUAGCCAAAACCCAGGCUGAGGAAGCAAGAAUGCAAGCCGAAGUUGCUGGAGAACGACAGGCUUCCAAAGCAGCUCAAGACCGUGAGAAUAGCCUUCGCAAGGACCUCGAUGCGGCCCAAGAACGACUUCAUUGGUUCGACGGGGAGUGUGCUAAGCUCAACCACCAGAUUGAGGACCUCAACAAACUCAUUCUCGAAUCGGGCGAAUUUGGUUUGAAGAACGACCAGGCCAAAGAAAGACUCGAGCGGGAAUUGACGACUGUCAAGAGCCGCCUAACAGCAUCGGAGAACGACAACCGAGCUCUGCUGAACAAGUUGCAACAGAAAGGCUUAGAGAUAGCGCGUUCUAGUUCACGUGCAAGCGAGGCCUCUCGAGGUCAGAUUCAGUCCCUGCAGCGCGAAAAAGCACGACUGGAAGAGCAAAACACAAAGUUGAACAAACAGCUGGGUGAUUCCCAGCUCGCCAUUGCUUCACUGGAGAAAAGGGCCGAGAAACUCCAGCUCAACUUGGAAGAUCUCAGCCAUGAGGUUGCUCGAGAAGUCAAAUCAAGCAGAAAUGCCGAAAAGGCGACGUCCACCUUCACUGCACAGCUGGCCGAAGCCAAUCGAACCAUCGAGUCGGAGCGACAACUUCGAACUCAAGCUCAGACUACAGUUCGUACCCUGCAGUCGUCCGUUGAUUCGAGGGACAAGGAGAUCAACGAGCUGCGCGCUCAGAUGCUUGAAGUUCUCAGGACGGUUGACCCAGAGGUCCACAUCCCUCCCCAAUCUGAUGGAACUGAUGAGAAAGUGCUUAUUCAGAACUUCGAUCUCGUUAGAAAGGUCGAAGAACUUCAGCAAAAUCUUCGUGUGCAAACAGCGGCUCGAACAAACGCCGAGAACCAACUUACUGAAAUGAGAGCUUCUCGCAACGAAUCCCCGACCAGACCUAAGCUCGAGGAGAUUCAACUCAAUGAGGCGCCCUUCCAAGGAUCACCGACCCAAAGAAGGACAACCAAGCUUCACGCUCUUAAUCAUUCCAACACUUCGACCCCCACACGUCGCUUCCAAGAGCCCGACCAUCUUCAAGACUCGACACGUUCUGAUCGGACUAUUGACACCCUCAACUUCAACAAUCGCAUGGAUUUGAAGGCUGAGGUUGAGGAACUUCAGAACCAACUUCAACUCAAGGAAAUGCAAAACCGUCAUCUCCAAAGUCAAAUUGACCGUGGUACACCUGUGCCAGAGAAUCACGAUGAAAGUCCCUCUUUGCGCCGCAUUCAAAAGCUUGAGAUGGUCAACACCCGUCUUCAUGAAAUGCUCGAUGACUCCAACAAAAAGGUGUCUGCUCUGGAGCGCACGAUUCGAUCCGGUCAAUUGUCGUUGCGGGAUGUCCAAACUCGAACCCAUGAGGAAAUUCUGGAAGUGCUCAACAGCCAAGAGGAUUCUCGACGCGCCUUGGUUCAUAGCCAUAAGGAUGCAGUGGCGGAGUUGACAGAUAUUAAGGGCCAUUUCGAAAGACUGCGACAUGAUCGCGCCAAAGCAGAGGUUGAGCUCCGUGAUGUUAAGUCUGACUUGGAAGAGAUGACCCUGGCACGGGAACAAGAGGCACAAAGCCGAAACCAGCUUCUCCAGGAAUUCGCAGACCUCCAGAUUCGACUCGACGCAGAAACUUCCAAGUUUAUUGACGUUGCUUCCAGUUUGGAGAUGUACAGGAGCCGAGCAGAUGAAUAUUUCAGCAAACUCGAGCAGGCAGAAAUUGCCGUCCUCAAGGCCAGUCGCGCCGAGCAAUUUGCCAGGUCGCAAGCUAGGGAGGCCGAGGAUACAUACGUGGAGAUUAUGGCCGAGCGUGAGAAGAUGGAUGCCACCAUCGAGGAUCUCCAGCGUCAAAACCAGCACCUUGAAGAGAAGGUGGAAGAUAUAUCAACUGACUUGGCUGCUGCCACUCAAGCUAAAAAGCGACUUCAGCAUGAGCUUGAGGACUACCGAAACCAACGGGCUAUAGAUAUUGAGGACAAGGAGUCAAGCAUGGAGCAGACUCGUAAGAAGUAUCAGGCUGAGUUUGCCACUUUAACCAACGAGCUGGAUCUCGCUCGUGAGGAGAAGCUCUUCAAACAAGCCGAGAUUGCCCGACUCCGGGAGGAGCUCGAUGAGCUGAGGUCUAAGUGGGAUGAUGAAGUUCUCAACAGCUCAACUUGGUGCAAGGAGAAGGCUCGAUUAGAGUCAACUCUAGCUGAUGUCGCUUCUUCUCGAGACGAAGCGGUGAACGCACACAACGAAGCCCAAGGCAAGGUUGUGACUCUGUUGUCGCAAGUUCGCAGUCUUCGCUCUUCGGUGGAUGAGAUCGCCGCAGAGCGCGACCAUCUCAUUCGAGAGAAGCGCAAUGUUGAGGCACGUCUGGAGGAGGCCAAAUCUGGCCUGGAGGAUCUUGUCAAGGGAGAGAGUCCAUCUCUGCGCAACGCUGCCAACAUGGACAAGGAGAUCCUGGAUCUUAAAUCAAACCUCGCCCAGCAGGAAGACAUUGCGGCAGCGGCCGUGGAGAAGAUGCGCCGCGCAGAAUCUCUUGUAGCUGAGGUUCAAAAAGACGUCAUGGUCGAGCGCGAGAACAGCAUCAAAUUGCAGCAACAAAAGGCAUCACUCGAGAAGGUUCUCAACGAAGCCCAGCUCAAACUUGUCGAUCUUGAGACGAAGGGAUACUCAAGCGCCAGCCAAGAUGUCAAGUUCCUUCACAAGCGUAUCCAAGAGACCAGGAGACUGAGCGUACUCUCUGAUGAUGUCUCAAGGAUGCGCGACAAGGUCGAGAAGCUUCUGAAGACAAUCGAGGAGCUACAGUCAUCCGAAUCCAACAACCAGUUAUCAGCUCGACGCGCUGAGCGUGAGCUAAGGGAGGAGAAGGAGAGGGCUAUCCGAAUGGAGCGUGAACUGGCAGGCCUCAAGAGCCUCCGCAACGACAAGGGGUCAGGCAGCGUUAUGGGUAGUGUCCGCAGUCGCAUGGGCCCCUGGCGGGUCAGUGAGGGUGAUGAUGCGUCCAUGAUUGAUGUUCCUGGAAGGAAGAGUAGCCUUAGUAGGGUUCCCAGUUUUACAAAGGGAUUCCUGUAA